AUGGACGCUGCGAAGCUUGCAAAACUCCAGGCUCAGGCCGCGUCUAACAGAAUCGGUGGAAAGGGAACGAUGCGCCGAAAAGUCGUGCGUAAGACGAAGGCCGGAAGCGCCCAGGACGACAAAAAGCUGCAGGGUGCUUUGAAGAAGCUGAAUGUGCAGCCGAUUCAGGGCGUUGAGGAGGUGAACAUGUUCAGGGAAGACAGCAACGUUCUCCACUUCACCGCACCAAAGGUUCACGCUGCCCUCAACUCCAACACCCUUGCCAUCUACGGUGCCGGUCAAGUGAAGGAGCUCACCGAGCUCGUCCCUGGCAUCCUCAACCAACUCGGCCCCGACUCCCUCGCUUCCCUCCGCAAACUCGCCGAGUCUUACCAGUCCCUCCAGGGCCAGCAGCGACCGGGAGUCCCGGCAGCCGAUGAUGAUGAUGAUGACGAUGUUCCCGACUUGGUGGAGAACUUCGACGUUGAGGAGCAGGCUAAGGAGGGUGAGGCC